GAAUAAGAUGGAAAAAUGAUUCUUGUCUAUGUCAAUAUUUGGAAUCUGGAAAAGAGUUGCCAACACAGAGACAUGUCCUAAGAUAUGGUAUUUAUUAAAGAGAAACAAGCAAACUAAACAGAACAAACUAUAAUAAUUCUGUUUUGAUUCAGGAUAUUUAUAAUAAACUUUCAGAAAAAUGGCAAAUGGCCAGUGUUUUAUUUGUGCCUCUCGUAAUUAGUUUAAAACACAAUUUGGUAACAAGGCUUAAAGCUGCAUGGAACAAAGCUAACCUGAUUUCUCAAAAUAGAGCAAGUAAAUUUAUAAAACAAAAGUUUAAUUUAAUUAUUGACAAACUAUUUGAUUUGGUGGAGUGUAACUGUAAAAUAUCUCUUUGUUCUGAGCAAUGCUGUUCUCCUGACUGUAAAGUUGGUGCCCACAUUACCUGCAUAUGUCCUAGGGAGGGAAAAAUACCAAUAAAUCAACUGGUUUAUAUAAAAGCCCAAUGAGAAAAGAUUGGAUCUUUAAGUUCAUAUCAUCUUGGGCCUGCUGAUUUGAUGGAGUCCAAAAAGUUCAAAAAAGUACAAAGUUGCAAACGAAGAAGAGAGGAAGAAAAACAAACGAGAGAAAAAAAACACACUUAUCAAAAAGAAAAUAAUACGCAAUAUAAACAAGAUAACAAACAUGAAAAUUAUUAAGAGAAAUCAAUUGAAAAUGAGAUUUUUUUUAUUCAAAAGCCUUGUACAAAAUAUUUAAAAAAAUCUAGAGUUUAUGAAGAUAUCUCUAAUAUUGCAUUGGCCAGUAUUCGAUAUGGUGUUGUUUUAAGAGCAACUGCAGCCAUAACUACUGCAGCAUGGGUAGAUGGAGGACUUGUAUCCCAUAGUGACACUAGAUUAUUAAUAGAUCACAAUAAAGUUCGGAGAGCUAGGGAUAAAGUCAUGAAUAAAGUUGCUGUUCAGUUUAAUGAUUAUUGUGAUAAAGUGAUUAUUAACUGCAUAAUUUUUGAUGGGCGAAAAGAUCUUACUAAAGUAUUUUUAACUGUAGAUGGAUCAGACAGACAGGAUCCGGCUAAAGUUAAAGAAGAAAAUUACACUGUUUGUUCUGGUGAUGGUAAGCAUUUAUUUCAUUUCACUCCAGCUAAAGAAGCAAAAAAGAACCAUGCUGAAAUUAUAGCAGAUAAGAUUAUUGAGUAUACUGCAAUGAGAAACAUUAGUACACACUUAAGAGCAAUUAUAGGAGACUCUACAAAUGUAAACACUGGUUGGGAGGGAGGAGUAAUGCACUUUAUGGAGCUGAAAUUAGGGUAAAAGUUAAAUUGGAUUGUCUGCGCUCUACAUACCAAUAAAUUACCACUCAAACGUUUAAUUAAAUUGUUAGACGGAAAAUCUAAAAGCGGUACAAAAUGGAGUAGACCCAUUGGAAGCUUACUUGAUGAAGCAACCAAUCUUGAAAUUAACCCUUUUUUUAGUAAAGUAGAAACUGGUGAGCCUCUAAUUAAGUUGAGUAAUGAUAUGGUUAAAGACCUUUCAACAGAUCAGUAUUAUGGCUAUCAAAUAGUUAAAGCUAUACGCAAGGUCAUGUUCCUCAGCAACUAGGACUUCUGGAAAUUGGCCCUGUGAACAUGGCCAGAUGGUUAACAUGGCCAGAUGGCUAAACCUUUAUAAACUAGUCGAGUUUAUUGUAUGAGUGUACUUUCCUGUCUGGUUUAACAUCAAAGUUAAAUAUAGUUGGACAGAAGGACCAAAACAUGUUCUUUACCAGCUUAAGUUGCUUCAACACCAGUCACUCGAUAUUCAAAAUAUGGUCAUUCCAGCUAUUAAGCGAUCUGCUUGGUAUGCCUUCUCUGAAUCUAUUCUUCAAACUAUGCUUUGUUCUGAAAAUAAAGAGGAGAGAGAUUUCAGUGUAAACAAAAUUCUUGAAAUAAGAGGAGAAGGUGAUGAAAAUGUACAACUUGGAGAUCUAUCUGUUAGACCAAGAAGGACACCAAAUAUCAAUACUAAAGCAAUUUGCCUCAAGGACCUUAUUGAUUGGAAUAAAACUUUCGAACCACCUUUAACUUGUUGCAUGACAACUAAAGACAUCAAAGAGUAUUUUUUUAAAGUAAAAAUUGUACCAAACUGGUGUUGCCACACUCAAGCUGUCGAAAGAUGUGUAAAAAAAGUUACCCAGGCUUGCGAAGAUGUUUUUACAGAAGAUAGAAGAGAUGGUUGGGUUAAAGGACAAAUGUUGUCACAGAAGUUGUUGUCACGAAAUCUAUCUAAACAAAACCUUAUUGGCUUGACAAUGUUUAAGAAUUAAUCUUUAUUGUACUUUAUUUUAAUGUGCCAGUAGAUGUUUUGUGGAUCUA